AUGGUGAUUAAAACAGAUCCCUGCUCAUUCUCAGAGUACAGAAUUUACCCUGGUAGAGGUCGUAAAUUUGCUGCUAAGGACGGUAAGGUCUACUACUUCAUUAGCACCAAGGUUGCAUCACUCUUCCACCAACGCAAGAAGGCCGUCAAGUUGACCUGGACCCAAGCAUGGAGACGCUUCAAUAAGAAAAUCAAGGUUGAUGAGAUCUCCAAGCGCAGAACCAAGAAGACCACUAGAGUCCAAAAAGCCAUCGUCGGUAUGAGUCUUGACGAAAUCAAGAGAAGAAGAGCUGAGAAGCCAGAGGAGAAGGACAAAAAGCUCGAAGCCGCCAAGAAAGAGGCCAAGCAAAGACAGCAAAAGAAGAUUGAUGCCAAGAAGCAAGAGAAGGCUAAGAAAUCACAAGCCCAGCAAAAGACCGCCCCCGCUCAAAAGAACGUUCAAGCCCCAAAGAAAGGUCAAGCCAGCGGAAAGGGAAAGAAGUGA